AUGCGUAUUCCCGUAGACCCGAGCACCAGCAGGCGCUUUACCCCUCCGUCCACGGCCUUCCCCUGCGGUAAGAUGGGCGAGAACAGCGCGGCGCUGGCGGCGCCCGCGCCCGGCGCCCGCGCCCGCCCCGAGGUGCGCUCCGUCGUGGAUGUCCUGGCCGACCACGCCGGAGAGCUGGUGCGCACCGACAGCCCCAACUUCUUGUGCUCGGUGCUGCCGUCGCACUGGAGGUGCAACAAGACGCUGCCCGUCGCCUUCAAGGUCGUGGCGCUCGGAGAUGUCCCCGACGGGACCGUGGUCACGGUGAUGGCGGGGAACGACGAGAAUUACUCGGCGGAGCUGCGCAACGCCUCUGCCGUGAUGAAAAACCAAGUGGCGAGAUUCAACGACCUCCGAUUUGUUGGGAGAAGCGGCAGGGGGAAAAGCUUCACGCUGACCAUCACCGUGUUCACCAACCCCACCCAAGUGGCCACCUACCACCGAGCCAUCAAAGUCACCGUGGACGGACCGCGGGAGCCCCGCAGGCACAGACAAAAGCUGGAAGACCAAGCCAAACCCUUCACCGACCGCUACGGAGAGCUGGAACGGCUGCGCCAGUCCAUGAGAGUCACCCCGACAACUCCCAACCCCCGAGGAUCCCUCAGCACCCCCAGCCACUUCGGCUCCCAGGCUCAAACUCCAAUCCAAGGCACGUCAGAGCUGAGCCCCUUCUCGGACCCGCGGCAGUUCGAGCGCUCCUUCCCGACGCUGCCGGCGCUGACGGAGACGCGCUUCUCCGACCCGCGCAUGCACUACCCCGGCGCCAUGUCCGCCGCCUUCCCCUACACGGCCACGCCGUCGGCCACCGGCAUCGGCGGCAUCAGCAUGACCAGCAUGCCCACGGCCACCCGCUUCCACCACACCUACCUGCCGCCGCCCUACCCCAGCUCCACGCAGAACCAGAGCGGGCCCUUCCAGGCCAACCCCUCUCCCUACCACUUGUACUACGGGACGUCCUCGGGCUCCUACCAGUUCUCCAUGGUGGCGGGAGGCGAGCGCUCGCCCACCCGCAUGCUGUCGUCCUGCACGAGCGCCUCGGCGGGGAACAGCCUGAUGAACGCCGGCCUGGGCGCGCAGAGCGACGGCGUGGACGCGGACGGCAGCCACAGCAACUCGCCCACGGCCAUGAGCACCACGGGCAGGAUGGAUGAGUCCGUCUGGAGGCCCUACUGAGGAGGAGCUUUAACUUCAUCAUCACUCCUUUUGGGAGCCACCAAAGUGAUGCCAAGGGAAAAGGUAAACCAAAGUCUUCCAACCCAAAGCAAAGGAUCCUCUGCAUGCAAACAUCAAGCGAAGAUGGACCGAGACCUUCGUUACAUUUCAAGGUGAACACCCACGAGGCUUGAAUGUGUCGCUUGAUGUGGUUCCUUCCGUAUGUUUUAGGUAUGUGGAUUGUACAUAGGGAAAAAAAUCCCCCAAGGACGUGUGGAAUCAGAUGUUUGGUACUUGCAGAACACUUCUCGUUCAUCUCACUCGCACCUCUUCCCCACACAAAGCAUUCAGAGGAGAAUCUCACCCUUCCUCUGCAAAAUGGUUCAGAGAAAACACCAGGGAUUCAUCCGAGCCAUCUCUCUUCCAAUGCAGGAGGACAGAACUUUAAAAAAAAAAGGAGAAAAAAGAAAAAACCCACUGUCUCCUGUCCUUCCCUCCCCGCUGGUGAAGGGUCCCUGAGCACCAAAGAGCAGUGGGGUUUGCAGCACAGCCGGGGGCACUGGGGCUCAGUCAGCCACGUGAACAAGAGCUGUGAUGUGAUUAUUGUUAUUAUUUGUUGACGACAGAAGUUGUAUUGUUCAUUUUGAUGUCAUUGUCGUCAUUUCUCAAUCAGUAACGUGGCUGACCCCGGGCCUGGCUGACCUCUCCCCUCCAUGUUUACACACAAGAUGUACUUUUUAUCAUGUUUUGUUUUGUUUGUUUGCUCUCUUGUCCUGACCUCACCAUUCAGCUCUUUGCUCCCCUUAGCAAACCUCAGUGAUGGUGGCUGAAGUGAAGGCAGCGUUCAGGACAAUCUGAGAUGUUUGAGAUGCACUUCCCAGGGGCUCAGGAGCCUUUGGCACGGCCUUGCCACCGUUCUCCAGGUGUUCCUUCUGUCCCCUCUGUGUGGCAACACUCCCAGCUGGUGGCAAAGCACCACGAUUCUGUUCUGGUCCUUUCCCAUGUUCUCACCCACAGAGGACUAACACAAUUCCUUAUUUUGACUCCCAUGUGUCAGCUCAUCCUGAAAGCUCUGGAGAAAGGAGCAGUUUCUACUCCUGGUGGUGGGAAUGCUGUGGAUUGAUGCUGUGCAGCCUUUUCCAUCCCCUCACCCUCCUGUCCUUCCCCCAGGUGACCCCGAGCACGGGGGUCUUGCUGUAGGGGAAUAAGCUCAAGAAGGGGCACUCAAGGUGGCAGUGGCAUCAGGGGGCAUUUGCAGGACCCAGCUCUGCCAAGCACCCACACCCUCACAGCUGGCACCAAAGGGACUCAACCCAACAGGGCCAUGGGGGGCUGCAGGGGCUGGGGGCUCCUCCAAGGCUUGGCUCUGAUGCACAGCACGGGGUUUGUCCCCUCUUGCAGGCCAGCUGUGCUCUGUGCUGGCAGGGGAACUGGGGCUGGAUUCAGGAUUCCUGGUGCUGGCAGGGCUGGGAGGGCACAGAGAGAUUCCUGGGGAUCCAUAACCGCGGUGCCCACUGCCCUGCAGAGCCAAGAGGACAGACCCAGCCCCAGUGCCACCAGUACCCACACCUUUCUUUUUCCAUUUCUCCCAUAAAAACAAGAAAAUCAAACCCCCAGAGCUGCCUCAGCCACACCGUCCCAGCCUUGUCCCCUGUCCCCAGCUCCCAGCUGGCAGCCGGUCACGCCCAGCACAGAGCGCUGGAAUUGCACUACCACAGCAAGGCUGUCCUGGGGAGCUGCCAUGACCACUCACAGUUCCAUAAGCAGCGAAGAACAACUCUUUUCAAUAAUAAUGGUAAUAAUAAUGAUAAUAAUAUUUUUUUUAAAAAGCCUUACCCCAGCAAAACUGCAACCUCCACUUGCCUUAGCGCCGGCGCUCGCCGGCUCUGGAGCUGGACAGGGCAGCCUGUGUUGUGAUGCCUUUUUGCAUUUGUCAUCCCGUCCCACUGGUUGAAAGCACAAAGGAAACAAGGCAUUCGUAGUUGUAGGUUAAUUUAAGACUGUUUGUAGUGAGUUUUAAAAGAGAAAAUAAUGAAAAGAAUGGCAGCAAUGUUGUUUUUAUGACAUAUUGUCAUGUGAAGGUGUAAAUAGAUGCACCUCUGUUGUAUGCAAAUGGUCACGAGACAGGCCAAUGAUUUUUGCUUUGCACUAUAAUUUGCUUUUUUUAAAAAAGAAAAAAUGCACAAUCGCUUGUACAUUAAAGCCCCUUUGUCUGGCUCACAGAAUAUUUAACUAUAAAAUCUAAUUUUUGGUCUUAUUUGUUAUAAUAAUAUAAUUCUUAAAUGUGUUGAAGGAUACGAUUCUUAAUAAUGCUUCUAAUACUUGUAUGUGCAGGGUAAAAGAACACCAGACUAAGGAGAUGAGAUCAGAGAUCUUUGUAGAUAAAGAAGGCUAAAGUUCUUGGGUUUUUUAAUGGUGUCUUAUGAUGGACAUUAAAAAAAAUGCUAGUGAUACCAAAAAAUGUGGUUAUUUGUGUGAUACCCCAGCCCUACUUGAAGGUAAUGCCCUAUAUUUAAUAUGUAGCCCGAUUUUUAAGCUGUAGCACUUGUCACUGGGGAGGGAGAGGGGUGGGGAGAGGAAGAGGAGGGUCUGCUCCUGCAGAAGUCAUUGGGGAAGCUGUGGCUGGAGGAGUCUCCCGGCUCUGGUUUCCCUGGAACAGCCGGGGCUGGCGUGGGGACAGAGCCGCGGCUGGGGGACACUUCUGCUUUUCUGGUAUGGGGUCAUUUCUGCUCCGCUGGCCUGGGGCCGCCUGUAAUCCUGUCAAUGCCAUGUGGAACAAUAAACAAAUGAUUGU